AUGCUAGGGGGAGCCAGCCCCAUUCACAGGCAGCAUCUCAAGCAAGCCGUCCGAAUCUGCAUCGGUCGCCACAUUCCUCUUGGAACGCCAAUCAAUUUCAUUUGUCAUUUUCGCCAUACAGCAUGUUCAACUCAGGCAGUGACUCACUCCAAGGCACAUCCAUCAGACCAUCAGACCAGUGCAGAACGAAAUUUUCCACCCGCCCAUGCUCAUUUUGGGACAUCUCAUUGUCGCGGCACAAACUCGCAACCUUUUGUGAAAGCCAAGCAAUCUUCCACCACAGGAACUCUGGACAGUUACCCACAGGAAGUGGUAGCUGCCAUCGACACGUGUCUCGCACAGGCGAGAGAGUUGGUGGAUUGCGAAGCCGUAAAAAGGAUCAAGGAUGUUCCUAUCUAUUCUCGGUAUUUUACCGACAGGGAGUGUGUCAACCGUCUCGCCCAGGACGCGGUCGCAACUUCACGCCCACAACGAGCAUUGCAAAUUCUGAACAUCGCUCAUCAUUUUGGCUGUUACUUGAAACCAAAUCAUUACGAGGGCGUUGCCUAUCGUCUGGCAGGUCGGAGCCAUUGGGCCUUGAUCCCCCUGCUAGUUGCAACCGCCAGGCACCAUUGUGGCCGUGCAUCGGUCCGACUCCUCAAUUGGAAUAUGCGCGCUCUCAUGGAGGAUCAACGUUACGAUCAACUCGACCACGCGUUCGAGGAAUUCACAAACGCGAACCUCCCACCAAACAGGCGAACGUUUCAUCUUCUUAUUUCAGGUCACCUUCGGAACCGAAAUUUGAAUUCUGCAAAGCAGUACAUGGAGAAGAUGGCUGUCGCUGGGUUCCCCGUGGAUCCUUCUACUCAUGCUGUCAUCGUCGCCGCCUACCGUUCUCUUGGAACAGACCUGAAAGUGCAAAUCCGUGCCUUCGAGAAUUUGCGCGAUUUAGAUGGGCAGCUGUCCACUGUUGUGCUCAACAGCAUCGUGCAACAGCUUCUAGACUCGAGAGACGAAAAAGCAGCAACACGUUUUAUGCUAGCAUUCGAUCUUCCUGGUGGACGCGGCCAAGAUUCCACGGGAUCUGGCAGUACCACCGGGCUCGUUGGCGAGCACACCCCCAUAGACUCCCCUGUCCGCAAACUUUCGCGAAUGCUCAAACUCCUGGACCACAUGAAACGAGCUGGUGUCCAUCCAGAUCCCUCCACUCUAGCAGCGCUCAUUGGAGGAUAUCUAGCUGCAGGUCAUAGUCGCGAAGCCAUUAGCAUCGUCGCCAUGCUGCUGAACACGCGAUCUGCUGCUGCUGCUGGGGUCUUCUGUAGCAUGAUGCAGGUGCAACCGCUAACAAUUCUCCCGGUUGACGUCCAGGGUGUUCCCUUGACAGUGCAUAUAUUCAAUGCACUAAUGAGCGGAUUGCUUGAUGUCAUGGGCCUCAAAGCGAUGCGAGAUAUCUUACGGACGAUGCGUGCUGUUGGGGUUAGUCCCGAUAGUCACACAGUGGAAAUUCUUAUGAGUUUUCUCGAACGAGCACAAGGGACCGGUCCUCGUCAAUUGAUACGUGUCCUUCGUUCAUUUUCAUCCCCUUCGCUUCGACCCACCAUCCGACACAUCCACAUUAUCCUGCGGAGCAUCCUUCGUCGCGAGAAAUUCAGGGUUCACGGAUGUGGGUGGGACACGACUGCUGCCAAGUACUCUAAGAAGCGAACUUACAACCCCAGGUUUCCGGAGGGACGUAUUCUGGACACCACUGAACACUAUCAUCCUACAGCCGGUCUCAAACUUCCCCGUCGUUUACGGUUGAAGUCCUGGUUCGGACCGAUCCUGCAGUCGGUCUCCAGGCAGGCUAUUCAAAGUGAUCGUGCCACUAUUGCACUGAGGCUGAGGCAUGAAGCAGUUGCUAGGUCUGACAUGGGGACUUCUCAGACCGCUUUCCGAAAUAUGUUGGAUCAAGGGCUUCACCCAACCAUCCACCAUUACUCAACGCUUAUGGACGGGUAUGCGAAGAUGGGUGACAUCCGAGGCGCCAAACAAGUGCUUCGAGAUGCCCUUGAAGCUGGCAUCCAGCCGAAUGCAAUAAUGUACACCAUUCUCAUCAAUGGCUAUGGUCGCCGAGGAAAGCCAGAGGAAGCUAUGCAGGCUUUCCGUGCAAUGAUUCGCGCUGGUAUUGUUCCUGAUGUGCCCUCCAUCGACGCUGUCGCCCAUGCAUAUUUUGCUGUGGGAGCAUAUUCAGUAGCAAGACGCGUGCUACGCGAAAUGUGGGCACAAAUUCAACCAUUUCCUCCCGAGCUGGAACACGUCGAUCUCCGCACACUAGCCGUAACAUUUCGCUCCUAUAGCUUGAACCCGGAGCAUGGGAGGCGCAAAUUGUCUAUGCGUCAGCAACGUCUGCUGCACUGGAAGAUGAAGGCAAUCAAAACGGAGUGGAUGCGAUUUGAGGAGUGGACGGGGUCUCGCCCGCUUUCCGGUAGGAUUGAUAGACACGAUGGAUAUCCACAUAAAGAGGAAUAG